AAAAAAAAAAAAAAAAAAAAAAUUGGAACACGAUGAAUCGUGAAAAGGCGAAGAGGAAGGGGAUCGAUGGCGGUUGGGGGUGGUUAGUGUGUUUCGGAAGCAGCCUUAUCUCGCUCUCUUUAAGAUCCUUGGAUCCCUCGUUUGGCCUUCUCUUUCACGAUCUCUUCUUAGAGCUCGAUAUAGAUUCAAUGAGAGCAUCAUUGAUAAUGAGCAUUCUCGACGCUAUCGUCAAUUUUUCCGGUCUUUUGGUAGGACCUUUAUUGAAGAAGUACUCUUAUCGACAAGUAUCUUUCUUUGGAUCUCUUUUAAGUUGUAGCGGAUUGAUAUUGACAUCGAGGGCAAAUAGCAUGAUCCAUAUCGUUUGCACUUAUAGUAUUUUGGGAGGAUUAGGAACUGGAUUGGCGAUCGCAGCAUCUUUCGUCGCAUUGAACACAUUUUUUGACAAAAAGAGAGGACAGGCCGUAGGAUUUUCUAUGGCAGGCACAACAUUGGCAAUGAUGAUAGUGCCUCAGUUGAUACAUCUUCUUUUGGCUGCUUACGGGUUUCGUGGCGCGAUGUUAAUCGUUGGAGGAUGGGCAUUGCACUCCACCGUAGGCGCUUGUUUAUUACGUCCGCUUCGAGUCGAAAGUUCAAAACCCGUUGGGAAGCCCGUAAAUAAUUCCUCAGAGAAUGACACAUUACUACGGUUAAAUGAUGCCGAAACGACGAAAAAGGUCGAAUACGGUACGAACGAUUGCGAAAACAAUACCGCGACGUACGAGGAGAUAAAGCAACACGGCAAAGAAAACGAGUUGUUACGAAAAAUAAAGGAGACUUUCGAUUUGGAUUUAUUUAAGGAUGGCGUGUAUUUAAACAUCAUAGUCGGUCUGAGCUUAUAUUAUGUAGCCGAGUCCAAUUUCAAACUGAUGACGCCGUUCUUUUUGUCCAGUAUAGGAAUGAACAAAGCCGAGAUCGCUUCCUGUUUAUCGAUAACUGCGUUCACCGACAUUCUUGCCCGACUCACACUCCCAACCAUAUUCGAUAGAUUAAGAUUGAAAAAAAGGAUCGUGUUCUGGACGUUUUCCAUACUGGUUGGGAUUGGACGAUCGAUAAUGGUGACGCAAUCGAAAGGGACAUUUUUGAUAGUGACAUUCGUGAUAAUAGGAUUUUUACGGGGCGCAACUUUGGUGAAUUUAAAUCUCACCGUAUCCGAAUACUGUUCCUUGAGCAAAUUGCCGAGUGCCUUUGGGAUGUUUAUGGUGUCUAAAGGUUUAUUCGUCAUAAUGUUGAGUCCGUUGAUCGGAUACAUCAGAGAUGCCAGUAAAAGUUAUGCAAUUUGUAUACACGUGAUGACAUUAAUAAUAUCUGCCAUGUUCGUUACGUGGAGUAUUGAGUUUAUAUGCAAGAUAUUUAGAAAAGGAAAAUCCGAUUUAAAUAAAAAAACGCAAGAUGUAUCGAUGGAAAAGAGGAACACUAAUCCCAUGAUCAUGAUCGAUAAGAUGUCACACGGUGAAACUGAUAGAGGAUGGGCGUGGAUAAUAGUCGCCGGUGUCACUAUGUUGCAGCUAGCGAUACUUCCGAUACAACAAACUUUCGGUCUAAUCUUUAGAGAACGUUUCUUUUCACUCGAUAUCACCGCCACACAAACAUCGUUAAUUGUUCAUCUGAAUGGUACGAUCACGUGUAGCCUGGGUCUGAUAAGCGGUCCAAUGAUGAAGAGAUUCACGUUCAGAAAAGUCGCGUUUCUCGGCAGUUUCAUUGUCAUCAUUGGAAUCUGUGCAGCUGCAUACGCAAUCUCCUUGCCCUCCAUUAUCAUCACUUAUUGCAUUAUCGUGGGUAUCGGGCAUGGUAUCAUGUUUCCAGCCACGAAUCUCGCUAUGAACACGUAUUUUCGAAAGAAGAGGAACAUCGCCAUGGGACUGUCGGUCACGUUAACCGGCCUUGGACCUAUCCUGAUGCCCCUUUUAAUCGUGAAAUUAUUGGAAAAUUACGCGACCACCGGGACUCUUUUGAUCCUCUCUGCCAUAUCCAUGCACUCGUUGAUCGGAGCGUCACUUCUCAAACCAUUUAAGGAGAAACAAAUCUCAAGAAUAAAAAAGAGCAACGACAUCGAUGCAGUGAAAGAAAUUACCGUGAAAUUAAACGUGGAGAAUGGUGUCGAUCCCAAUUGUCGAUUAUUGGAAGAAGAAUCGGAAAAGAAAGGGAACGUGUCGAGUGAACGACAGAAGAACGCGAACAUGGAAAAGGUGAAAGAGGAGAAAAAAGUUUGGGCAACGAUUAUGGAACAGAUGGAUCUUGACCUUUUGAAGGAUGCUCGUUACGUAGCCAUUAUUUUAGGUAUGGGAAUAUCUUUAGUCGCGGAAACAAAUUUUAACACAAUGAUACCUUUCGUUCUUACCGAACUUUCCGGACUGGAAAGGACCUCGAUCGCCACCAUCAUGUCUAUCCAAGCGAUUUCGGACAUCACCGGACGUCUCUGCGUCCCAUUUUUGGCGCAGAAGGCCGGUUGGACAUCGAGGAACCUUUAUGUGGUUUCCUUGAUAGGAUCCACCAUUGGAAGGACCAUAUUGUCAACUUGGGGAAAUACUUAUGUGGUGGUGAUAGGUGUCGCAUUGAUUAUUGGGGUCGCAAAAGGAACAAAAGCGGUCUUCCAAACGUUAAUAAUUCCUGAUUACGUGUCUCUCGAGAGACUACCGGCUGCGUACGGAAUGCAAAUGGUUUGCAAUGGAAUUUUAUCUAUUAUUAUAGGCCCAUUUAUAGGUGUAGUACAUGAUUGGAUGAUGAGCUACGUCGGUGCUCUCCACUUCACAUCAAUUUUAAGUCUUUCUUGCGUUGUUUUAUGGUAUAUAGGAGGACUUUGGAAAUUUCGCAAAGAUCCUACAAGAGAAGAAAUGACUGAAGCAUAGGC